GAUGUAUCCUGAGUAAUUAAAUGGUCGUACGAAGGUAUAUUUCAAAUGUUAUAUGCUUCAUGUCUUCAUCUCACGUUCAUGUCAGAGUCCAUAUGGUAGAAAUCACUCGAGAGUUUUAUGAUUGCAGGUUCGGUUAUCGUUGUGUUUGUAUAGGAGAUUAUUUUACAAACAUCGCCUGACCUUCACUGAUAUCUGGUUUAGAAUUAACUGGGGUUACAAAUCCACUGAUUUAAUUACUGAAGGAACCAAGAUUUCACGUUGAAUUCAACGUAUUGACGUAAGCCAUCUCGGAAAGCGUAGUUAUCCAACAUUCUGGCGUCAUAAUCCCAUACUUUUCGACUAAUUUGAAGAAUAAUUCACCAAUUAUGUUUAAUAACCGUCAGAAUUAUUCGGCAAUUGGUAAAGAAAGAAAGCAAAAAACGAUUUUCGAAAUUAGGCCCUACCCCUACCACUACAUAAAAAUGUAAAUAUGUCGAUAUAGGUAUAGUUCGACGGAUAUUUAAAAAUUCAGUACAUGGAAUAUUGUAAUCACCCCAAUAGUAAAGUGUAGGUCAACGCAUAACAUGAUCCUUAAUUACCAAAUACUUUUUCAAUUACGUUUUGGAUUUGGUUCUCGUCGAUUUACCUCUGGCAGACCGACGUGGUCGACUGUACGUAAGACUUUCGCUGAAACACGACUAACAUGGGUAGUUUUAGUCUUAUCUUGCGAUAAACUCGAGCGUGCGUUGUUCUAUCUUAGCGAUUAACUAGUUUUUUUUUUCAAUGGUACCGAACAUUACUGUUCAUUACUGUCGUCUGCGUGUCUAAUAAUUCACGAUGAUUCGUAAUAUUUUAUCGUCGUCUAAAUCGUGCGUGUUAGUAAUUUCAAAAUGUUAUUCGACCAAAUCUGCGGAUGGACCUUUGAAAGGUAUCAAGGUAUUGGACUUGUCGAGAAUAAUAGCCGGACCUAUGUGCACUUUGAUGCUAGCAGAUCUCGGAGCUGAUGUAUACAAAGUGGAGAACCCAGGUCGAGGGGACGAUUCCAGACGUUGGCCCCCUAUAUUCAAAGAUGGUCAAAGUAGUAGUACAUUUAUCGCGUUGAAUCGCAAUAAGAAGAGCAUUUGCGUUGAUUUCAAGACGAAAGAUGGUCAAGAAUUGCUGAAGAAGAUGGCUGAAAAAUGCGACGUUCUUGUAGAAAAUUACGUUCCAGGAGUGUUGAAGAAAUAUUCUUUAGACUACGAUUCCUUGAAGGAGGUCGCACCUCAUCUAGUUUACUGUUCCUUGACUGGUUUCGGUUCCAAAGGACCGUAUGCCAAUAAACCAGGCGUCGAUUUAAUAGCUGCCUCGUUAUCCGGUAACUUAUACAUCACCGGACCCGAAGAUGGAGAACCUUGCAGAUCAGGCACAUCGACAAUAGAUAUUAUGACCGGUUUACGUGCCAAUGCGGCCAUCAUAGCUGCUCUUUAUGAUAAGGCUAAAACUGGUAGAGGACGUAAAAUUGACGCUGAUUUGUUCUCAACUGCAGUAGUCUCGCUGAAGAAUUACGCCGUCUCUUAUUUAAAUAUGAAUAUCGAUUGUAAAAGACUCGGAACUGAGCAUAGCUACGUUGUACCCUACAAAUGCUUCAAGUCUAAGGACAGUUACAUUACUGUUGGAGCCAUUAACGAUCCUCAAUUUAAAAUUCUUGCUGAGAUAGUCGGUAGGCCGGAAUUGGCUCAAGAUGAAAAAUUUGCAACAGCUACGGCCAGAUCCAAGAAUAGAAAAGUGUUGACGUCUCUUUUUUGCGAUAUUUUUGUUACAAAAACUACCAAGGAAUGGUGUGCUUUGUUGGCCGGUACGCCUUUGCCUCAUGCUCCUCUGAACGGAAUCAAAGAGGUAUUUGAAGAUCCUCACUUGAAAGCCAUUGAACUAGUUAAAGAAAUCGAUCACCCUACUUUGGGAAAAAUCAAAGUCUUAGACUCUCCAGUCAAAUUCAGUGACUACGAAAGCAUCCCUAAACCGUCCCCUCUUUUGGGGCAAGAUACUGACGAAAUAUUGAAAAAUGUGUUGGGCUUCGAUGAUGAAAAAAUCCAGCAAUUGAAAACUGAUAAAAUAGUUGAAUAAGUGUAUUAUUUAUGAGUAAUGGUGAACGGGUUUUAUGUCAUAAACUUUGAUGUAUAUUUUUAGAAUAAAUAAUUUUGUACAGUU